AUGGACCAGCUCGCCGACAAUGAAAUCAGGAUCAUCGAACUUCUUCCUGGAGAAGAGGGUGCCCCCAUCAGGUGUAAAGCGCGCGCAGAGUUGGAGUCGAGUGAAAUAACGUACGAGGCACUCUCCUACGUCUGGGGUAACCAUUUGAACCAGGUCACGAUCGAAGUGUCUGGACGACCAUUACAGAUUACCAAGACGUUGCACACUGCCCUUUGCCGGCUUCGUUUAUCUGAUGAAACCAGAUCAUUGUGGAUCGACCAGCUGUGCAUUAAUCAAGAUGAUCUGAAGGAAAAAGCAGUCCAGGUGCAAAAAAUGCGAUCCAUCUACUCCAACUGCACACGCUGCCUAGUUUGGUUGGGAGAAGUAGAUGAGGCGUUUGAAAUGCCCGAUGCCGUUAAUGCCGUCGCCUUUCUCGAAUGCCUUGCCUCGUCCUCAGGCCCGUUCACCGAAGAUUCCAAGCAGACUCGGUUGCGCCUUGAGUCAAUGCCUACAUUCCUGUCCGCUAUGAAGGCCCUCAGAAGUAUUUCCAUUCAGGAUUGCCCAUGGUGGCAUCGAGUAUGGACAGUUCAAGAAAGCAUUCUUCCCUCAGACAAAACUUUUAUCUGGGGUCCUCUACAAAUAACCUGGGAUACAUUGUCGAAUGCAACCCAAGCAUGGAUUUCGGGUAGUUCGGAGAGUUGGCUUGAUUAUGAAUACGAGUCCAUUGCUGCUGAAGUAGGCGAUUUGGGCAACUUCCUGGCACGAAUAGUAUGGAUUCAAAUAGCGCAAGAUGGUACCGAUGACCUCUUCAAGUCGAUGAUAAGAUGGCGGAGCCGAAAAGCGACGGACCCUUUAGACAACAUAUAUGCGCUGACCGGUCUGCACCCGCCAGGAGAAUUCCCGCGAAUCGAAAGGUGCGACUACAGUCUCAGUGUCGUCCGCCUCUAUUCCGAGUUCACUGUAGACCUCAUCAACAAGUUUGGGCUGAUUAUUCUCGGUUUUGACCCACGUCUGGAGCCUGAGAUAGCCACGCCGGGAUUGCCACGAUGGGCGCUUGACAUGAAGUCAUGGCCCAACCAUACAAUUUUUCACUGGUAUAACUAUUGGGGCUAUGACUACUAUCAUGCGAACGACGGGUUAACGACAGUUCCCGUUGAACACAACACCGAAGACAAUACUCUAGGUCUAAGCGGGAGUUUCUUAGAUACGGUCAAAUUGAUCGGUGAUGGAUAUUAUUUCACAGAGGAGGAAGGGGGACAGCCCCCAGUUUCAUUGCUCAAGGGCUGGAUGGAGCUUUACACCAGAGAUCUCGAAUCUUCCAAGCCGGAUGCAUCAUCAAUUUCCCCAUCAACGAUCUCGACAGCUCUCAGAACGUUCAGUAAACUUGUUAUCGGAGAGUUCAUCCGAAAUUCUGAGUGGCAGGUCGAGCGGGAGGCCACCGACGAGGAUGUGGAUAACGUAACAAAGUUCAUCGAAACUGGGUCAGAAGAAUUCCGGGACACCAGCAUCUCUGGAAUGGCUCGGAACCAGAGGUUUUUCGUAACAGAAAAGGGUAUGAUGGGCAUCGGGCAUCUGGAUACGAAGCCCGGUGAUGAAGUCUGGGUUUUCAGUCUCGGCGAAGUGCCAUUUCUCGUGAGACCAAAAAAGCAGGAUGAGACUCUGGCUGAGCACUUUGAUUUCGUUGGACAAUGCUAUGUACAAGGAAUCAUGCAGGGAGAAAUGUUUGAAGGGGACGAGCCAAAACCUCCGCAGCGGACAAUUCAGAUACAUUAG